AUGCAACGCGACCCCACCGUGUUCGUCAUGGGCGAGGACGUGGGAGCCCGCGGAGGCGUAUUCCUUGCCACGCAAGGGCUGCUGGAAGAGUUCGGAGAAGACCGGAUUAUUGACACCCCCUUGGCCGAAGCGUCCAUCGUUGGCAUCGCUCUGGGCGCGGCCUUCCGCGGCCAGAGGGCAGUGCCCGAAAUCCAGUUUUCUGACUUCGUGUGGCCCUCGAUAAACCAGCUCAUCGGUGAGGCCGCCCGCACCUGUUACGGCACCAACGGCGCGGUCGAGGUACCGAUGACCGUUCGCAUCCCCUACGGCGGCGGCAUUCGGGGAGGCCUGUUCCACUCCCAGAACGUAGAGACGCACUUCUUCCACACCCCCGGACUAAAGGUGGUCACUCCCUGCACCCCAUACGAUGCCAAGGGCCUGCUCAAGAGCGCGAUCCGCGAUAAUAAUCCGGUGGUAUUCCUAGAGCACAAAAAGACCUACCGCCUGGUGCGCGGAGAGGUGCCUGAUGGCGAGUACACGCUCCCUAUCGGCAAGGCCGACAUCAAGCGGCCAGGCAGCAACGUAACGGUGGUCAGCUAUGGCCUGACUCUGCACUACUGCUUGGAAGCCGCGCAGGAAGUCGCCGCGGAAGGUGUCGACGCAGAGGUGGUGGACCUUCGUACCCUGUCACCGUUGGACAAGGAAACAAUACUGUCUUCGGUUCAAAAGACGGGAAAGCUCCUCAUCGCCCACGAGGACAACGUCACCGGGGGAAUCGGGGCUGAAAUCGCGGCCCUGGUGGCCGAUGAAGCCUUCGAGUACCUCGAUGGCCCCAUCGUCAGGGUCUGCGGCCCGGACGUUCCGACCAUGCCCUUCGCCCAAACGCUGGAGGACGCCUACAUUCCCGACACUCCAAAAAUCGCUGCAGCUCUGCGUCGGCUGGCGGCCUACUGA